UGUUGUCAAAACCUCAGACCGGGUACAAUUUCUGUUUCCUAUUGUUAGCCAGAUAGCCUUAAAUUCUUAGCUUGCUUGCAGGCAGUCCAGUCUGCAGCUGGUUGCACAAAUCUUACAGCCUGUGAAGUGCUACUUAAUGUUUUAGGUCGCUGAACGGGAAAGCUGACAAGGAAUUGGAAUUGUUUAACUUUGCACCUCUACGAGUGGCUAAAUUAAUAUGCCCGAGAUCAAACUUAAGCACGUUGUGUCUUGCAGCAGUGAAGACAACACACACAAAGCUGAGAACCUGCUGAGCUCUGACACCUACAGGAAAUGGAAAGCAGGAAAGGCUGGAGAGACGCAGACUUCGGUCAUUCUACAGUUGGAGAAGGAGGAGCAGUUGCACAGCAUAGACAUAGGAAAUGAAGGGUCUGCUUUCAUUGAAGUGCUGGUUGGACGCUCAACCUCAGUCAAAGACCAGGACUUUGAGGUUCUGCUGGUUACAUCCUCCUUUAUGUCCCCAUCGGAGAGCAAGAACGGCACCAACACCAACAGGGUGCGUUUUUUUGGACCCAAUCAGUUGCAGAAGACAGCUGCUCAGGAGAACUGGGAUCGUGUGAAGAUUGUAUGCAGUCAGCCGUACAACAAGAGCAUUGCGUACGGGGUGGCCUUUGUUAAGUUCCACUCACCGCCAGACAAAGGGGAAGCAGCGACUAAAACGCCCCCGAAGUUAACCAAGCUGGGCCAGUUCAGAGUAAAAGAUGAGCCCUCCUCGGCAGGCCCCAGUCUCCAGCCUGGCAGCUUAUUCUUCAACAGGGAGAACACAUCCAAAACCAGCCCAACACUCAAAGUCUCUCCCCAGAAUGUAAAGUUGAGCUAUGCAUCUGCAGCGCUGCAGGCAGGCGGUGGGUCAGGCUCUCCUCUUCUCUCAGCCCAGCCCUUGUCCAGUCCGUCCCCUACACAGGCACCAGUGAAGAGAAAGUUUGAAUUCAGUAAGGAGCGCCAGUCUGCCCCUGCCGUUUCUUCCUCUAAGAAAGCCAGUCUCGUGAACUCUCCUGAGGAGAGCCCUAGCUCCCUCAAACCCAAAGCCAGACCCAACACAGCUAGCAGCCACAGGCCCAGCACAGCCAAAGAGGAGACCCCUGACAAAAAAAGGGACAACUUGAAAUCAGAGACAAAGCCCAAGCCUGCUAAAGACAAGACCCAGGACUCAAAGCAGGUCCCCUUCAACCGUAUCAUGGAGGGGGUGGUGUUUGUACUGAGCGGCUUCCAGAAUCCUUUCAGAGCGGAGCUGAGGGACAAGGCCCUGGCCAUGGGAGCUAAGUAUCGACCUGACUGGACGGCAGACGCCUCACACCUCAUCUGUGCCUUUGCCAACACCCCUAAGUACAGCCAAGUGAAGUCAGCAGGGGGCAUGAUUGUGCGGAAGGAGUGGGUGCUUGACUGCCACAAGAAGAAACAGAAAAUCCCUUAUAAACGGUAUUUGAUGGACGGUUCGGAAUCCAGCUCAGAGGAUGAAGUAGAGGAGGAUGACGAGAAAAUGAAGGAAAAAGAGAGAAAAACUCCACAAAAGCAGGAGAGACAAGUCACUCCUCAAAAACCGCAGAUAAAGAAUGAAGACAUGUUCGGCAGCUCCACAGAUGCUGAUGAACCAGAAGACAUGGACGAGUCUGGCAUGGACACAGAGGAUGAGCUAAAGAGGGUGGAGAGUGUGAGGAGGAAGAAAAAAGUAGAGGAGAGGAAGAAAGGCGAGGAGAGGAAGAAAGACGUGAAGGAUGAAGACUUGUAUGGGGGGUCGACAGACGAGAAUACAGAUGCUGAGGCGGAGGAGAACAAGCCCAUCCCAGAGCUGCCCGACUUCCUGACUGGCAAGAGAUUCUUCUUGUAUGGCACAUUCCCAAACAACGUGAGACGCUUACUACUGCGGUAUAUCAUAGCGUUUAAUGGGGCGGUGGAAGACUACAUGAGUGACAAGGUCCAGUUUGUGGUCACCAGCUCAGGAUGGCACAACUCCUUUGAAGAUGCGCUGAUGGAAAAUGGAAAUCUGAGUUUUGUCAAGCCUGCUUGGAUAUUUUCCAUCAAUGAUCGUCAGAAGUUGUUGCCCUAUCAGCCCUUUACUGUUGUACCAUGAACUUCAGGAGGGCAUGUACAUAAAACACACACAGUAUUGUAACUGGGGAUAGAAACGUGAAAGCCAUAGACACCUUUUUCACUCAUGAAACUUUCCUCUUCAUGAUUCAACUGUUGUGACUACGUGUAAUGGGAUGUAUUUUCAGUGUCAGACCUGUUUUUUAGUCUUUUUAUCUGACUUAAAAUUAUUGCAUACCUGCUAUGUUCUUCUAUUAAAAUACAAGCUUUUGUUGUUCUAUA